AUAUCGAUUUAUUUUUCUGCGUAUACAGAACAUACUUUCCUUUCAUUGUAUUCCAAAAAAUAAUAUAUUUAUACUUGCGGAAGUUUACAACUGCAACAAUGUGUCGCUAAAUUCAAGUGAAUGUAAUAUAAUAUAUGACUGGCUCGGGAAGUAUACAGAAAAGGCAGUAACGAUAAACGAAAACCAAAUAAGUUUCUGUUGCUUGGGUUGAAAUUGUUCGGCGAGUCAUGGAGGAUCCGAAUCGCAUGUUGGCCCACACAGGUGGCAUGAUGGCUCCCCAGGGAUAUGGUUUGUCUGGCCAGGAUGAUGGCCAAAACACUGGCAGCGAGAACGAGGUGCGCAAGCAGAAGGACAUCGGCGAGAUAUUGCAACAGAUCAUGAGCAUUUCGGAACAAUCACUGGACGAGGCGCAGGCCAGAAAACAUACCCUCAACUGUCACCGUAUGAAGCCGGCACUCUUCUCCGUGCUUUGUGAAAUCAAGGAGAAGACUGUCCUGUCGAUUCGCAACACCCAGGAGGAGGAGCCCCCAGAUCCGCAACUGAUGAGACUGGACAACAUGUUGAUUGCCGAGGGCGUGGCAGGACCUGAGAAAGGAGGUGGCGGAGCGGCGGCUGCCUCUGCGGCUGCGGCCAGCCAGGGUGGGUCCCUGUCCAUAGAUGGGGCCGACAAUGCCAUCGAGCAUUCCGACUACCGUGCCAAGCUGGCACAGAUUCGUCAAAUAUAUCACCAGGAGCUGGAGAAAUACGAGCAGGCAUGCAAUGAGUUCACCACCCAUGUCAUGAAUCUUCUGCGUGAACAGAGUCGCACGAGACCCAUUACACCAAAAGAAAUCGAACGAAUGGUGCAGAUUAUCCACAAAAAGUUUAGUUCCAUACAAAUGCAGCUGAAGCAGUCGACCUGUGAGGCUGUAAUGAUUCUCCGUUCGCGAUUCCUAGACGCACGCCGCAAGCGCCGUAACUUCAGCAAGCAGGCAUCCGAGAUCCUCAAUGAGUACUUCUACAGUCACUUGAGCAACCCAUAUCCAUCCGAAGAGGCCAAAGAGGAGUUGGCACGCAAGUGCGGCAUCACGGUCUCCCAAGUGUCCAAUUGGUUUGGCAACAAGCGUAUUCGCUAUAAGAAGAACAUUGGUAAGGCACAGGAGGAGGCCAAUUUGUAUGCGGCCAAGAAGGCUGCUGGUGCUUCACCGUAUUCCAUGGCUGGUCCUCCAAGUGGGACAACCACACCCAUGAUGUCACCCGCUCCGCCACAGGAUUCCAUGGGCUAUCCAAUGGGAUCCGGCGGCUAUGACCAGCAGCAACCGUACGACAACAGCAUGGGCGGUUACGACCCAAAUCUACAUCAGGAUCUAAGCCCCUGAGGAUCAGGGCUGUGAGCCACUCCCCAGCCGGAGAAACCCUCAUACAGUUGCGGUCAAAAUAAUGCUGCAUUGAAAAUCUAUCAUGGCAGUUUCUUCUUAAUUAUGUAAGUUCUCUUUUGCUUUCUUUUUUUGCUCUAGGACCUUGACCUUAAUGGUUUUUAAUUCUGCUGUGCUUUUCUUUUUCCGAGUCAGAUAAGUUUAAAAUUCCCCAUAAAUUUAGAUAUAGUUCAGAUAGAUAUACGAGUGAGUAGAAUACAAAUACGUAAUAGCUAGUUUGUGCUUGCUAGAUUUCGGUUCGUGGAAAACCUUGCCCUCCUAAAAAAAACAAAAAUGAGUAUGAUAAUAAUAUUGUUUUCUAAAUAGCACAGUCUUCCCGACUUAAACCCUGCUAUUUAACAAUUUUGGUGGGUUUACACCUAAAAUGAGAUCAAGAAAUCGAUUAGGCUAAUUUGCGCAAAAAUAUAUGCUUCCUUCCUUAUUGGUUCAAAUGCAAGCAUGUUUUUAACAUGUAAAGUGUAAAAUAAAUACGUAAUAUUUUGUUUAAGCGAUUUUGUUUUAUGACCCACUGAUGUCAGGGUUUAUUCGUAACACAAAUUAUUGAAAGGAAAAGAAAAAUAAUCAACGCAGAGACUUUUUCUGUAGGACGACAACCAUUAGCUUAUAUGCAUUAACCAUUGAAGAACAUAUUCAAAGAAACUCAAUUAAACUGGUAGUAUACGAAUAUUUUUACCAAGAAUGAAGGCACACACUAUUUUCAGGGCUAUUAUUUUGACCGCAGCUGUGUAUAAAUAUAUUUUAAUACAUUUACCUACAUUUGCGGGUAUAUACAAAUAUUGCAUGUGUAAAUCAUACUAUGACGGUUCUUUUUGGCUACAGUACGUAUACGACAGCAAAAUAGUGUUUACUAAAUUUAAAUCUGUACGAAAUUUUUAACUUGAACAAUACGAAACUAAACCAUGUAUACGAUGUAUAUCAAAUAAAUAAAUAAUACAUGUUGUUGUUAUCCGCACACGUCAACUAAUUACAAAUAUUUAAAAUGUAAAACGGAGAAGAUUUUUGAAAAUAUUCAAUGUCUCGUUUCUGUCGUAAGACGAAUUUUUUCUAUACUGGAUUCCAUUUUAAAGUUAAAAAAAACACCUUUUUAUUGGUAUUUUAUUAAGUCUCAAAAAUCACGUGUUUUUUUAUAACAUAAAGUAUUAUAUAUUAUUUACUGCUUUUAAACUUUUUUAAAAUUUAAUGGCAUUGGCUGUAUUAUUUUGAUUUUUCAAAUAUAUGUGCAAUAUGUAUUGAUGUACGUAAGAAUUCCGAACAAAGAGAUUUCCGAAUCAUCCCCGAAUAAAAGUGUUUUCGUAGAAAAAAUUCGCCUUUCGCCUUGAAUGAAAUAUACAUAAUUUUUUGACUAUAUUGAAACGGAUAUAUAAAAACAGAUUAUUUGAAAUGAAUACAAAAAACGAUUAUAAUUUUAACUGAUAAUUAAUAUAUAUCUUCGCCCGUCUUUCGCUCACACAACGGUCAAACGAAACCAUUCAAUGUAUUUCAGUAUGAUAAGGUAUUGCAGUAAAAAUUUUGGAUAACAAUAGAAAAAUAUAUAAAUACACAACUUUA